GUUAUUUAAAAAAUUAUUUUUCCGAUUGGAACUUCGCGUAUUGACUUAAAAUUAAGUAUCAUUUACUCUUAAAAUUUUACUUUUUCACUUUGCGAUUUAAAAAAUAAAACAACUUUUACGUUAUGAAUAAAUAUCGUGCUACACACCAAAAACCAAUUCGUUUGGUUCAACCAUUUUUAAGAAUAUAUAAACGUGUUUCUAGACAUGGUUAUAGACCAGAAUAUGGUUCUGCAGAAUGGUGUGUUUAUCAAGGUGGUGAACUUUGGUUAGAAGGUUUAAGAGUUUACCAUAGAAAUUCACAACAUAGAGGUAAAAGAAUAAUAACAACUCAAAAAGACAGAGAGGCUUACACUGAAGCGCUUACAUAUUUUUUUAACGCUCUUGCAAUAAAUGAAGCUGGGUCUUAUAUAUCAGCAGCAAGGGAUAUACUACAUGAAUUAUUUAGACAAAAAGAUUUUGUAACAGAAGUUAGGAAUAUAGUUAAAACUGUUACAACUUCAGGUUCUUUUCUUGGAGUAUAUUCUGAAAAAAAAUUUACUUCAAUGAUGAGAUCUUUAAGAAAUCAAUUACAAAGUGAAGAUCAUAAUGAUAUUGAUAAAGCAUUGGAUUCUUUUCAACAAGGAAUAAUGUCCUCAUUUGUUUGGUUAAAAUUUGUACCAGAUCAAGCUCAAACUGUCUUAUUUACAAGAUGUAUAAUUUAUAUCGCAUGUAUGAGAAAAUUAUUGGGUUUAUAUUUAUUGGAUUUUAUUGAAGGUUUCGCUAUUCAAGCUUUAAAUGGAAUCCCAAUUUCUUCAGUAAUGGAAGUAAAACCUUUACGUUAUAAUUCUUCAAUGACAGCAGAAACUGUUUUGACAUCAGAUGCAAGAACAAGAAUUUAUUCAAAGAUCAUAACUUCUCCAAAAUGGGCUUUUUUAUUAAGUUUAGAAAUGUUGUCCCUAUAUUAUUUUAGAUUUGCUCAAACUCUUGUGCAAUCUCCAAAUACAAAUACUGAAUCUAUUCGUAAUAUCGUUCAAUGGGCUAUAGAUAUUUUAGAAUGUAGCAAAAGUAAUCCAACAUUUCCUAUAGAUAUACCGCUUGAAGAUGAUGAUUCGUCAACUCCCAACAUUCCUUUUCACUUUACUUUUCCAUUCUAUCAACUUUAUUAUCCAAAAUAUCAAUUCAAUCUUGCUACUGUUAUGUUAGAUUUAAGAAAAUUCAAGCAAGCGAAACAAUUGUUUUUAAAAGUUGGUAAAGAAUAUCGAGAAACAAACCGACCAAUGGCAGCUCGUUCUUUAUAUAAAGCUGCAACAUGUAUUGUAUUUGGAUCUGAUAGUGAUAUGCAUCCAAAUAAAUUUGAUAUAAGUUUAUUCCGAGAAGCUGCUAGUGAAGCAAAUGAAUUUAAUGAAGAAUUAGAAGAACAAGGAAUAUGGGUACAAAUCGCAGAGAUUGAAAAUGUCAAAAAACCGGUGCAAGAUCUAACUAGAGAUCUUCCUCAGGAAGGGUUAUCAAAGACAGCUAGAUUAGAAGUGUCCCCGAUUAAUAAUGCACGUAUAAUGACACUAGAUCCUGAGAAUCUGAAAGGAUAUAAAGGAUAUGUAAAUAAUAAAUCAAAAACAAAUGCUUCAAGGGGUGGUGAAGGAGAAAAUCAAGUUAUUGGUAAUAAAUGUGAUUAUUGUGGACAAAUAUCCACCACAAUGCAAUGUCCUUGUAAGAAUGCAAGAUAUUGUGGUAAGAGUUGUCAAAAGGGAGAUUGGAAAAGUCACAAAAUUUCUUGUAGUUUUAGUAAGAAAUCCGAAAAUAAAAAGGAUUAAAAGAAGAUUAUGAAAAGGAGAAUUAGUAAGAAGAGAGAAAAUUUUUAAUUUAAUAUGUUCUGAUAUACUGUGUAUAUUAAGUUUGAAUUAAUAGAAUUAUAAACAACCUCUUUCUUCUUAUCAUAAAAUUAGCAUACAUUUUAUAUCGUAUAGUUUGUAUAUUAUAUCAAACUCUUUCUUCUUAUCAUAAAUUAG